CUUAUAUUGAUAAAAAUAUUUCCUUUCAGGGUGAAGCUUUAUGAACAUGGCCUCAGAUACAUGAUACAUGGAGCUUUUUCCUCUCUGGAAAAUACGGGCAAAGAUAACACCAACUGAGUUCUGUCCUGAGUGAUAAAGUUCUGCAAGUUGAUUGCAGGCUCAAAAUGUGGACAAAAUGGCUGGGAAAAGGGAGAAAUGUACUCGUUUACCAUGGCAGAAUAUGGGAAACAUGAGAGCAAAAACAUUGGGUUUGUGUAAUAUCAGAACUGCCUUUCUGUUUCUAAUUAUUGCAGAGAAAUGUGAAGCCUAUGAUGUGAUGUUGAGGCAAAGUCUUGUGCUUAAUGGGCAGCCUCUUGCUAUUAAAUGUUCGCUCGAAAAGAGCUUGAGAAGUGAAGACUACAACUUAACAUGGUAUAAAGUUGGUAACCAGACAGCUGUACCCAGAGACAAACUUUCUAGAAUUCAUCAGCAGAAGAAUUUAAUUUGGUUUCUUCCUGCAAUGUUAGAAGAUUCUGGAGAUUAUGAAUGUGUCAUAAGGAACUUGACAAGCAGCUGGAGAAUGUGUACAAAAGUGACAGUUUUUGAGAGGACUGAUGGUUUAUGCUUAAAUGAAAAAUUUGCUGUAGGGGAAUUGAUAUUUACAUUAUCGUCUGCGAAGGUUGUGUGUCCACAUUUGGAUCGUUUCAGGAAUGAGAAGAAUUUUCAACCCGUUCGUUGGUACAAGGACUGCCAGCUGCUGGAAGGGGAAAGGUUUGCCUUCUCAAACAGCGAUCUUAUCAUUUUCAAUGUGACUGUACAGGAUCAAGGAAACUAUACAUGCGAAACAACAUAUACCUACAAUGGGAAACAGUAUAACAUUUCACGAGAUGUCAAUCUGACUGUAGAAGUGAGCCCACCAAAAAAGCCCCCUGAAAUAUCUUACCCAAGAAACAACUCCAUUGAAGUGGAACUUGGCUCACAGGUUACAGUGGAUUGCAAUACAACAGGUGCUGAUGGGUAUGAGGUGUUUUGGACAAGCAAUGGUGUGUAUAUUGAUGUAUUUUUUAUGAACAGAAUUUUUGCAAGUCCCUAUGAGGAGGAAACUUCUCAUGAUGGACGCCCUGUGCAUUCUGUGACGCUAGUAAUUUUGGAAGUGAAUAGUGAAGAUUAUGAAACACCGUUUGUCUGCCAAGGUUCAAAUGCCUUUGGGCAGGUUGCAUCCUAUAUUAUAUUAAAACGCAGAGCUCCUGACAUACAGAGGUGGCUGACUGGAGGCCUUCUCUCUCUGUUAAUUUUAACAUUUACCGCUUUCAUAAUCUACAAGAUCUUCAAGAUUGACUUGGUGCUUUGGUACCGUAGUUCUGUCUGUGCUUUUACAAGUAAGGAAGAUGGGAAAGUCUACGAUGCAUAUGUCCUGUACACAAAAAGCAGUGGAAGCAGAAGUUUCUAUCACUUGGAAACCUUCGUUCAUAGAAUACUUCCUGAUAUUUUAGAACAACAAUGUGGAUAUAAUCUCUUUAUAUUGGGAAGGGAUGAUUUACCGGGAGAAGCUGUGGUCAGUGUUGCUGAUGAAAUCCUUAAGCAAAGCAGAAGACUGAUGAUUAUUUUGGGAUCAGAAACAUCUGGUUGCUGCCUAUUAGAAGAUACCACUGAGCAACAACUAGCUAUGUAUAAUGCUCUCAUCCGUGAUGGGAUUCAAGUGAUUCUUAUAGAAAUGGAUGAAAUACCGGACUAUACAAGCAUGCCGGAAUCAAUCAGAUACAUUAAGGAAAAACAUGGAGCUAUCCGAUGGAAAGGGGACUUCUCAGAGAAAUCUUGUUCAGCAAAUACACAAUUCUGGAAAAAUGUGCGGUAUCAGAUGCCAUCUAAGAAAAAGAUAUCUUACUCUGAAGUGUAUUUGUUGCCCCUGACUUUGAACCAUUCUGCAGCAAAGGGAAAUUAAGAUGUACUUAUUAAAAUAGUACUGAG